AUGAACCAGGACCAGAGACUGAGAGCAGAGUCCCCAGGGUCCAGCUGUCUGUCUCUGAAGAGUGACCAGUCCAAAGAACCUCCUCCAUUCUUCAGUGAUGAACCUGGACCUUCACACACAGAGGAGAGGAAGAGGAGUGAUGUUUCUGAGGAGGAGCAGUCGUCCUGCUGUGCUUUGUGUCAGGACGUCCUGAAGGAUCCAGUUUCCACCAGCUGUGGACACUGGUUCUGCAGACAGUGCAUCACCUCAUACUGGGACCAGUCUGGUUCUUCAGGAGACUCCUCCUGUCCCCAGUGUGGACAAAGAUCCCGAACAGGAGCUGGAGCAGAUCGUGGUCUGCAGGAGGUUUCAGAUAAACAUAAGCUCAGUCUGAGGAGGAGAUAUGAACAUGUGACUGAAGGAAGUGAUGCAACAGGAAGUAGAACCCUCCUCAAAAGGAUCUACACUGAGCUCUACAUCACAGAGGGACAGAGUGAAGAGGUUAAUACUCAACAUGAGGUGAGGCAGCUUGAGACGGCUUCCAAGAAGAAGAUCCUCCACGACACUCCCAUCAAGUGCCACGACAUCUUUAAAGCCUCCACUGACCAGCAGAGCAGCAUCAGAGUCGUCCUGACCAACGGCGUCGCUGGCGUUGGAAAAACCUUCUCGGUGCAGAAGUUCACUCUGGACUGGGCCGAGGGUUUAGAAAACCAGGAUGUGGGUCUGCUGACUGUGCUUUCGUUCAGGGAGCUGAACCUGGUGAAGGACCAGCAGCACAGUCUCCUCACGCUGCUCCGUGUUUUCCAUCCAGCGUUACAGAAGCUCACGGCUGAGACGCUCACUGUCUGUAAACCUUUGUUCAUCUUUGACGGCCUGGAUGAAAGCAGACUUUCUCUGGACUUCAACCACAGGAAGCGUGUGUCUAAGGUCACACAGAGGUCAUCAGUCAACGUGCUGCUGACAAACCUCAUCCGGGGGAAUCUGCUUCCCUCGGCUCUCGUCUGGAUAACCUCCAGACCUGCGGCGGCCAAUCAGAUCCCUCCUGCAUGUGUUGACAGGGUCACAGAAGUACGAGGCUUCACUGACGCCCAGAAGGACGAGUACUUCAGGAGGAGAUUCAGUAAAAAAAAGUUCUGCAGCAGAAUCAUCUCACACAUCAAGACGUCCAGGAGCCUCCACAUCAUGUGUCAAAUCCCAGUCUUCUGCUUGAUCAGUGCUACAGUUCUGGAGCACAUGUUGACCACAGACCAGAGAGGAGAGCUGCCCAAGACCCUGACUGACCUGUACUCACACUUCCUGCUGGUUCAGACAAAGAGGAAGAACAACAAGUACGGUGAGGGACAUGAGACGACUCCACAGCAGCUGACGGAGGCUGACAGGGAUGUUCUGCUGAAGCUGGGGAGGCUGGCGUUUGAACAUCUGGAGGAAGGAAACAUCAUGUUCUACCAAGAAGACUUGGAGCAGUGUGGUCUUAAUGUCAUGGAGGCCUCAGUGUACUCAGGAGUUUGUACACAGAUCUUCAGAAGAGAGUGUGUGAUCUUCCAGAAAUCAGUUUACUGCUUUGUUCAUCUGAGCGUUCAGGAGUUUCUGGCUGCAGUCUACAUGUUCCACUGUUACACCGAGAGGAACACAGAAGAAAUCAAGAACUUCUUGGGAAUAUAUGAGGACACAGAAGAACGCAACUACUACUCGGAAACAGAUCAGGACACAGAAGAACUCAACUACUUCUCGGAAACAGAUCAGGACACAGAAGAACGCAACUACUACUCGGAAACAGAUCAGGACACAGAAGAACUCAACUACUUCUCGGAAACAGAUCAGGACACAGAAGAACGCAACUACUACUCGGAAACAGAUCAGGACACAGAAGAACGCAACUACUACUCGGAAACAGAUCAGGACACAGAAGAACGCAACUACUACUCGGAAACAGAUCAGGACACAGAAGAACGCAACUACUACUCGGAAACAGAUCAGGACACAGAAGAACGCAACUACUACUCGGAAACAGAUCAGGACACAGAAGAACGCAACUACUACUCGGAAACAGAUCAGGACACAGAAGAACGCAACUACUACUCGGAAACAGAUCAGGACACAGAAGAACGCAACUACUACUCGGAAACAGAUCAGGACACAGAAGAACCCAACUACUACUCGGAAACAGAUCAGGACACAGAAGAACCCAACUACUACUCGGAAACAGAUGAGGACAGAGAAGAACUCAACGACUACUGGGGAACAUAUGGGAAAACAGACAGAACCUUCUCCCUGGAUAACCUCCUGAAGAGAACCAUGGAGAAAUCCCUCACCAGUACAAAUGGUCAUCUGGACCUGUUUGUUCGCUUCCUUCACGGCCUCAGUCUGGAGUCCAACCAGAGAGUCUUAGGAGGCCUGCUGGGUCGGACAGAGAACAAUCCAGAGAUCAUCCAGAGAGUCAUCAACAACCUGAAGGAGAUGAAGAGUGAUGACAUUUCUCCUGACAGAAGCAUCAACAUCUUCCACUGUCUGACUGAGAUGAACGACCACUCAGUUCAUCAGCAGAUGAAACAGUUCCUGACGUCAGAGAACAGAUCAGAGGAGGAACUCUCUGAGAUCCACUGCUCAGCUCUGGCCUACAUGCUGCAGAUGUCAGAGGAGGUUCUGGAUGAGUUGGACCUGAAGAAGUUCAACACAUCAGACCAGGGUCGAUGGAGACUGAUCCCAGCUGUGAGGAACUGCAGGAAGGCUCGACUCCGUGGUUGUCGACUCUCAGAGACUCAGUGUGAAGUCGUGGCCUCAGCUCUGAAGUCAGAACCCUCACAUCUGAGAGAACUGGAUCUGAGUAACAACGAGAUGCAGGAUUUAGGAGUUAAGCUGCUGAGUUCUGGACUGGAGAAAACAAACAGGAAGUGA